AUGUCGUCUGUUGGAAAUGAGUUCGCUGAAUCUUCCUUCACAGAAGAAAAAAAAGAGAAGACACACGGAGGAUCAAAAGUGGAACAAGGCAAGUCGAGUCAGGAAGUCACAAUAACUCAUUUCGAGGCCAACAGUUCUCUUCCUUCUCAAACUACAAAUACAGGGCCAGCUACGCGAGUUGGUCAACGCUCGCCUGAUUCUGGGAAAACUUUCUCAAUGACUUCAUUACCCUCCGCGUUUUCGGCUCUAAAUCUUGACCAAUCAUCUCACCCUGCUAUGGCUAAUCGUUAUCUCACAGGUGGCACAUCAAUCUCUGGGGAUUCAGCUGGCUCUUCUGCUGCUUGGGCUGCAGCGGCGGCGGCCGCUGCGGCCGCAGUCAAUGGUCCCGGCUCAACUACUUCAGGAUCCGCUGGUUUGCCCUCAGGUAUUGUCCCACCUUCUAGUGCCGGUUCAAUUGGAACUUGCCCCACCACUAACUCUAGUGUCACCGGCUUGGUACCCCUCGGAGCAUUUGAAUCAGGAGAUGGAAUGCACUACAACGUAGAGUUGAUGACCAAUCUCACACUUUAUGUUUGCAUUACGGCAUUGAAAAGCCUUCGUGAUAAGGGUAUGCCUCUAAAUAUGAGCACUAUCGCGCACACUCCACAAAUGGACAUUAUACAGAGUCUUGUGCUCAACUUGGACAAUGAGGGCCGCUAUCUGCUGCUCAACUGCAUGGCCAACCAGUUGCGUUAUCCGAAUUCUCACACCUACUAUUUUUCAUACACAAUAUUGUACCUUUUUUCGGAACAAUCCAAGGAACAAGUAAAAGAACAAAUAAGUCGUGUACUUAUGGAGCGUCUGAUUGUUAAUCGUCCUCAUCCUUGGGGCUUAUUGAUGACUUCAGCGGAGCUGUUGCGAAAUCCUGCCUACCGAUUUUGGGAACACGAAUUCGCCCGCUGUAAUACAGAUAUAAAGACGUAG